AAUCCAACAGCUACUGUAAUCGCAUUGUGUUCAAUGAGAGAUUUCAAUCUUGCUCAAGAAACUUGUCAGCUGGCCAUCAGAGACACUGGAUGUCUUGAAGUGUUUAUUAAUUUACUUGGUACGGAAGAAAUUAAAUGUCAGAUUGGUUCAUUAAAAAUCCUGAAGGAAAUUAGUCAAAAUACACUGAUCAGACAUGCAAUUGUAGAUCUUGGGGGCUUACAGAUCAUGGUGAAACUACUGGACUCUCCAGAUAAAGAUCUAAAGUGUGUGUCAGCUGAAACAAUUGCUAAUGUCGCUCGAUUUAAACGAGCACGGAGGACAGUAAGGCAGCAUGGAGGAAUCCAGAGAUUGGUUGGGCUGUUGGAAUGUGUUUCAGUGGGAUCAACCAGUCUAACACCAUGUCAAGCAAAAGAUACUGAAAUAGCACGCUGUGGGGCUUUGGCGCUCUGGAGCUGCAGCAAAAGCACCAAAAAUAAAGAAGCAAUCCGUAAAGCUGGUGGCAUUCCAUUAUUAGCUAGAUGGCUCAAAUGUUCAAAUGCAAACAUCUUAAUCCCAGUAGUGGGGACACUGCAAGAAUGUGCAUCAGAGCCAAGUUACAGACUUGCAAUAAGGACAGAAGGAAUGAUUGAGAACCUUGUGAGAAAUCUGAGUAGUGAACAUGAGGAGCUUCAGAUGCAUUGUGCAAGUGCCAUAUUUAAGUGUGGAGAAGAUAAAGAAACACGUGACCUGGUUAGACAGUAUGGGGGUCUACAACCACUGUCUGUUCUGCUUGAUAAAUCUGAAAACAAACAACUUUUAGCAGCUGUGACAGGAGCAAUCUGGAAAUGUGCGAUCAGUGGAGAAAAUGUGUCAAAAUUUCAGGAAUAUAAAGCUGUAGAAGCCUUGGUAGAACUGCUCACUGACCAGCCUGAGGAAGUUCUUGUAAAUAUUGUCGGAGCACUAGCAGAAUGUUGCCAAGAGCCAGUAAAUCGAAGUAUUAUCCGUAGAUGUGGUGGAAUACCACCUCUGGUGAAGUUACUUACUGGAACCAAUCAGGCACUACUUGUGAAUGUCACCAAAGCAGUGGGAGCUUGUGCAACAGAACCUGAAACUAUGAUGAUAAUUGACCAUUUAGAUGGAGUUCGUUUGUUAUGGUCGUUGAUGAAAAAUCCUAAUCCAGAUGUUCAAGCAAGUGCAGCUUGGGCUGUUUGUCCUUGCAUUGAAAAUGCUAAG